CAUUUAAUAAUUUACUAAUAAAGCACAAUUUUAUGUGAAAAAUAUUCAAUUUGAUUAACGAAAGAAAUAUCAAUGAAAUUUCUAGGUUCGGCUGCAGACGGUGACGAGGAAAAUAGUUCAUCGAAAAGAAGAAGAUCUAGGACAAAUUUCAAUUCAUGGCAGUUGGAGGAGUUGGAAAGAGCUUUUACAGCAAGUCAUUAUCCUGAUGUGUUCAUGCGAGAAGCUCUUGCUAUGAGACUUGAUCUUAAGGAGAAUAGAGUAGCGGUCUGGUUUCAAAAUAGACGUGCAAAGGUGAGAAAACGUGAACACACGAAAAAGGGACCUGGAAGACCCGCACAUAAUGCCCACCCUCAAACCUGCUCCGGUGAACCAAUACCACCUGAAGAAAUAAGAGCUCGUGAGAAAGCUAGAAGAAGGAAAAAGAUUGCAAAAGCUAUCGAGAGACAAGCAAGAAAACUUCGAGCAAAGGGCAUAACUGUAGAUUUAGAGGCACUUAAGGCUGAAUAUCUAUCACAACAUCGAGGACAAAACACAAGUAACUCGUCUGAGAGUGACGACAACGAAGAGGAAGACCCAAUAGACGUUGUAGGAGUAGCUGACGAUUCUGAUGAUGACACAGAAGAUUGUUCAACACAUACACGACGAGACAGCACCGAUCAUAUAAUGAAUUACAAUUCCAGUAGUGAUGAUACACCUAAACACAGUCUUAGACCUAAUCCAUUUAGCAUAGAAUCACUUCUUUAUCGGAACACAUGAAAUAUAAAGUAACAAAUACUUUUUAUUCUUUUGCAAGCAAUAACUCAUGUCAAGAGGUAAGAAUGUUGUCUGCAAACAACGAACCAGUGUAAACUUUGUGCAAUAAUUGUCAUUUCGACUCUUGACAUUUUGUUUUUCUUUUUUUUCUAAUUAAUUAAAAAAAAGAUGAAAGUAAAUUGAUAAUCUGAAG